UCAUUCCAGCAAGUAGCCUCAGAACCGUAUGCUGUUUAAACAAACGAUCAAACUAUUAAUAGAGCAGCUGAGUAGUGCGCGGCCGGAUGCCGCUAUCAGCCGGCGCGAAGCUUCCGCCCCACUCCGCUCGCCGCUCACACAUCCGAGUGUACAAAGCAUACGCUAACUUGCUGUCUACAGCCCCUAUUUAAAGUAUAUAUUUAAAAUCUCAGAAUAUAGCCAACACCGCAGAUCACUGAACGAACUUCCGGAUACGGCGAUCCCUUGCUAUCACGCAGUGUCCACAUCUGAUUGUAUAGUGAUGUCGGUGCGGCGGCGCGUGACGGGCGCGCUGCGGCGCUGGCGCGCGCUGCUGGCGGGCGGCGCGCUGCUGGCGGCGCUGUGCGUGCGCGUGCCGGCGCGGCUGCACGCCGAGCUGCACUUCCCCGCGCACGCGCCCGCAGACAUCGCGCACCACCUCGCCGACUUCUCCAACCAGCCGGGCAUCACGUCGUGGCGGGUGACGGAGGACCGCAGCAACUACACGACGUGGCAGUACGCGGUGCAGUUCACUUGCGGCGCGCGCUGCGGCGGCACGGCGUGGGUGGUCGCGCACGACGAGCCGGCGCCGGGCGGCCCGCGCCACGGCCGCAACGCGCGCCGCCACCGCGUGGCGCUGCGGGCGCGCGUCUGCUCCGCGCCGCCGCUGCUGCCCUGGCCGCGCCUCUGCGAGGAGCUGGAAGUGGAGGGCUCGGUGUGGGCGGACGCGGCGGCGGGCGCGCGCCUGCGCCUGCAGUGGCUGCGGCGCUGCGGCGCGCUGGGCUGGCUGCGCGGCGCGUGCGGGCGCGAGCUGCGCGCCGACCGCGACGCGCGCCGAGCCGCGCUCAGCGCCGCGCCGCACGCCGUCCGUCUCUAACCGACUGCUGCAAACUUGCUUUUUAUGCCGCGGCCACACAUUGGGGACAUUUGCACCGACGGGUCAGGUUUUGUGACUUUUUGGCGGGAAGUCAAACAAGGCGGCAAAUUUGUUUUAUAAGUUUUUGAAUUAAUAAAAAACUAUUGAUAAAAUACCUUAAAAGUCAGCAUAGUAAGUACUUAAAACAACUAAGAAUGAGUGUGCAUAGUGGCGGUGAAGAACCGCCCCCGGAACCCGGAGAAAAGCGAAGAAGAAUACACACUUCAGGCGGGAAUGCCGAUUCGCAUAAGUAUAAAAUAUUUACGAAGCCUAACUAUAAGCGUUUAUUCAUAGAAAACAAUAACACCGAGUUCACAGUUUACGUACAAUCCACAGAAGAUGAAAAGUUAGGGAACAAGAACCCCAUAACGCUCACCAACUUGAUCACAGAUCAGGUGAAAGAUGUUAUAGGGGUUCAUAGAAUUAAUGCGCAUAAAAUAGGGAUUACAUUUCGAAAAGCUGCAGCAGCAAAUAAUUUCCUGAAAAUGGAGGACUUUUUAUGGAUACAUAAGAUGAAAGCAUUUAUUCCAUCAAACCUCACUGAAAGAGUUGGUGUGUUGAGGUAUGUACCGAAGGACUUAUCCAACGAAGAGAUUUACAAAAGUAUGGUGUGCGACGCCGAAGUCGUAUCUGUCAAAAGAUUUAUGAGGAAAGUAGAAGGUAAACUCGUGCCUCUAAACACUAUUUCAUUAACUUUCGCCUCUACAACUCUACCACAGUAUGCCUACAUUAAACUGUUCAGAUAUGAAGUUAAAACUUAUAUACCACCAUUACUACAAUGUUACAAAUGCCUAAAAUUUAACCACUCAGCAAAAGUCUGCAGAGGUGAACAGCACUGCUCUUCGUGUGCUGGUCGCCACUCCUACCGAGAUUGUGACGUCGAAGAAGUUAUAUGCAUAAACUGUUCAGGUAAUCACCUUGCCAUUUCUCGAGAAUGUCCCAUUAAAAAACAAAAAAUAGAAGAAAGAAAAGCCAAAUACCUUAGACAGCAAAUGCAGCAAUCAUAUGCCACUGUUGUGAACACACCCCCUACCUUUACUAAUAAGUCAUUCCCUUCUUUACCUAAAGUCGCAGAUAAACCGAAAGUAAAUGACGCCCUGGAUAUGAACAAAAUAGCAAAUAAUGAUAUAAUUAUAAACGCAAUUGUAAAAUCGUUGGUAGCCUUAGGAAAUAAGAGUGACUCUGAUGGGCCUCUCACACAUAAGAGAAUAAAAGAAAUAUUUUUA